UCACAGCCACUCCCUGUCCACAGGUUACUUUCACUUUGUGAACUCGUCGUGUCGCAGCUUCUUCUUCUGUCCAUGUGAAGUGUUUCCUCUACAGAUGAAGGUAGAAAGUCUCUGGGAGCUGAUGUGGAUGUGAAUUCAGCAGCAGCUGCCAAGCAGGUUGCUGUGUCUGUGUGAAGGUGUGGGCUCUGCUAUGGAUCAGUGUGAGGACAGAGAGGAGGGAGUCCCUCCCUCUAAAAGCACUCUGUGUGGGGAACAUGACACAAGGACCAAAGCUCAGAGGAUCCAUCAGAGACCAGACUGUCCUGAACCUGAACCCAGCUGUGUGUCCAUGAAGAGUGAUCGCUCUAUGGGUGAUCGUAUAUACUUCAAAGAUGGCCGCCACUCUGUUGAUCAAAGGAGGAAAAAACCUGAACCCAGCUGUGUGUCCAUGAAGAGUGAUCGCUCUAUGGAUCAUCUUAUGCACUUCAAAGAUGGCCGCCACUCUGUUGAUGAAAGAGUGGACCAGGAGAGCUCAGAGGUUCCCAGUGGUCAGUCUGCCCAGCAGCAUCAAACACACCUGGACUCCAUAUUUAUGCUGCUGGAGGACAACAUUGUCACUUUUGUGAAGAACGAGCUGAAGAAGAUCCAGAAGGUUCUGAGUCCAGAUUACACAGAAUACUCAGCGAGUCAGAGGGAGGAUGAGGAAGUGUUGGAUGGUGAGGAUGAAGAGCAGAGGAGGAGCAGCAGAGAGGCAUUUCUGAAGAUCACAGUGCACUACCUGAGGAGAAUGAAGCAGGAGGAGCUGGCUGACUGUCUACAGAGCAGAACUGCUGCUCCAGCUUGCCGACGUGAACUUAAAUGUAACCUGAAGAAGAAGUUCCAGUGUGUGUUUGAGGGGAUUGCUAAAGCAGGAAACCCAACCCUUCUGAACCAGAUCUACACAGAGCUCUACAUCACAGAGGGAGGGACUGCAGAGGUCAAUGAUGAACAUGAGGUCAGACAGAUUGAAACAGCAUCCAGGAAACCAGACAGACCAGAAACAACAAUCAGACAAGAAGACAUCUUUAAAGCCUCACCUGGAAGAGAUGAACCAAUCAGAACAGUGAUGACAAAGGGAGUGGCUGGCAUUGGGAAAACAGUCUUAACACAGAAGUUCACUCUGGACUGGGCUGAAGACAAAGCCAACCAGGACAUACAGUUCACAUUUCCAUUCACUUUCAGAGAGCUGAAUGUGCUGAAAGAGAAAAAGUACAGCUUGGUGGAACUUGUUCAUCACUUCUUUACUGAAACCAAAGAAGCAGGAAUCUGCAGGUUUGAAGAGUUCCAGGUUGUGUUCAUCUUUGACGGUCUGGAUGAGUGUCGACUUCCUCUGGACUUCCACAACACUGAGAUCCUGACUGAUGUUACAGAGUCCACCUCAGUGGGUGUGCUGCUGACAAACCUCAUCAGGGGGAAACUGCUUCCCUCUGCUCGCCUCUGGAUAACCACACGACCUGCAGCAGCCAAUCAGAUCCCUCCUGAGUGUGUUGACAUUGUGACAGAGGUCAGAGGGUUCACUGACCCACAGAAGGAGGACUACUUCAGGAAGAGGUUCAGAGAUCAGGAGCAGGCCAGUAGAAUCAUCUCCCACAUCAAGACAUCACGAAGCGUCCACAUCAUGUGCCACAUCCCAGUCUUCUGCUGGAUCACUGCUACAGUUCUGGAGGAUGUGUUGAAGACCAGAGAGGGAGGAGAGCUGCCCAAGACCCUGACUGAGAUGUUCAUCCACUUCUUGGUGGUUCAGUCCAAAGUGAAGACCAUCAAGUAUGAUGGAGGAGCUGAGACAGAUCCACACUGGAGUCCAGAGAGCAGGAUGAUGAUUGAGUCUCUGGGAAAACUGGCUUUUGAGCAGCUGCAGAAAGGCAACCUGAUCUUCUAUGAAUCAGACCUGACAGAGUGUGGCAUCGAUAUCAGAGCAGCCUCAGUGUACUCAGGAGUGUUCACACAGAUCUUUAAAGAGGAGAGAGGACUGUACCAGGACAAGGUCUUCUGCUUCAUUCAUCUAAGUGUGCAGGAGUUUCUGGCUGCUCUUCAUGUCCAUCUGACAUUCAUCAACUCUGGAGUCAAUCUGCUGGCAGAACAACAAACAACAUCCUGGUGGUCUAAAUUAAUUAACGACAAAGGGAAUCUAAAAUAUCUCCACCAGAGUGCUGUGGACAAGGCUUUAGAGAGUCAACAAGGACACCUGGACCUGUUCCUCCGCUUCCUCCUGGGUCUUUCACUGCCGACCAAUCAGAAUCUCCUACGAGGUCUGCUGACACAGACAGGAAGUAGCUCACAGACCAAUCAGGAAACAGUCCAGUACAUCAAGAAGAAGAUCAGUGAGAGUCUCUCUGCAGAGAGAAGCAUCAAUCUGUUCCACUGUCUGAAUGAACUGAAUGAUCGUUCUCUAGUGGAUCAUAUCCAACAGUCCCUGAGUUCAGGACAUCUCUCCACAGAUAAACUGUCUCCUGCUCAGUGGUCAGCUCUGGGCUUCAUCUUACUGUCAUCAGAAAAAGAUCUGGACGUGUUUGACCUGAAGAAAUACUCUGCUUCAGAGGAGGCUCUUCUGAGGCUGCUGCCAGUGGUCAAAGCCUCCAACAAAGCUCUACUGAGUGACUGUAACCUCUCAGAGAGAAGCUGUGAAGCUCUGUCCUCAGUUCUCAGCUCCCAGUCCUCUAGUCUGAGAGAGCUGGACCUGAGUAACAACAACCUGCAGGAUUCAGGACUGAAGCUGCUUUCUGUUGGACUGAAGAGUCCACACAGUAAACUGGAAACUCUCAGGCUGUCAGGCUGUCUGAUCACAGAGGAAGGUUGUGCUUCUCUGGUCUCAGCUCUGAGCUCCAAUCCCUCCCAUCUGAGAGAGCUGGACCUGAGCUACAAUCAUCCAGGAGACUCAGUAACAAAGCUGUCUGCUGGGCUGGAGGAUCCACACUGGAGACUGGACACUCUCAGACUGAGUGGCUGUAACCUCUCAAAGAGAAGCUGUGAAGCUCUGUCCUCAGUUCUCAGCUCCCAGUCCUCUAGUCUGAGAGAGCUGGACCUGAGUAACAACAACCUGCGGGAUUCAGGACUGAAGCUGCUUUCUGUUGGACUGAAGAGUCCACACUGUAAACUGAAAACUCUCAGGCUGUCAGGCUGUCGGAUCACAAAGGAAGGUUGUGCUUCUCUGGCCUCAGCUCUGAGCUCCAACCCCUCCCAUCUGAGAGAGCUGGACCUGAGUAACAAAGAGCUGCAGGAUUCAGGAUUGAAGCUACUUUCUGUUGGACUGAAGAGUCCACACUGUAAACUGGAAACUCUCAGGCUGUCAGGCUGUCUGAUCACAGAGGAAGGUUGUGCUUCUCUGGUCUCAGUUCUCAGCUCCCAGUCCUCUAGUCUGAGAGAGCUGGACCUGAGUAACAACGACCUGCAGGAUUCAGGACUGAAGCUGCUUUCUGUUGGACUGAAGAGUCCACACUGUAAACUGGAAAUUCUCAGGCUGUCAGGCUGUCUGAUCACAGAGGAAGGUUUUGCUUCUCUGGUCUCAGCUCUGAGCUCCAACCCCUCCCAUCUGAGAGAGCUGGACCUGAGUAACAACAACCUGCAGGAUUCAGGACUGAAGCUGCUUUCUGUUGGACUGAAGAGUCCACACUGUAAACUGGAAACUCUCAGGCUGUCAGGCUGCCUGAUCACAGAGGAAGGUUGUGCUUCUCUGGUCUCAGCUCUGAGCUCCAACCCCUCCCAUCUGAGAGAGCUGGACCUGAGUAACAACAACCUGCAGGAUUCAGGACUGAAGCUGCUUUCUGUUGGACUGAAGAGUCCACACUGUAAACUGGAAACUCUCAGGCUGUCAGGCUGUCUGAUCACAAAGGAAGGUUGUGCUUCUCUGGUCUCAGCUCUGAGCUCCAACCCCUCCCAUCUGAGAGAGCUGGACCUGAGUAACAACAACCUGCAGGAUUCAGGACUGAAGCUGCUUUCUGUUGGACUGAAGAGUCCACACUGUAAACUGGAAACUCUCAGGCUGUCAGGCUGUCUGAUCACAGAGGAAGGUUGUGCUUCUCUGGUCUCAGCUCUGAGCUCCAACCCCUCCCAUCUGAGAGAGCUGGACCUGAGUAACAACAACCUGCAGGAUUCAGGACUGAAGCUGCUUUCUGUUGGACUGAAGAGUCCAUACUGUAAACUGGAAAGUCUCAGGAUGUCAGGCUGUCUGAUCACAGAGGAAGGUUGUGCUUCUCUGGUCUCAGCUCUGAGCUCCAACCCCUCCCAUCUGAGAGAGCUGGACCUGAGUAACAACGACCUGCAGGAUUCGGGACUUAAGCUGCUUUCUUUUGGACUGAAGAGUCCACACUGUAAACUGGAAACUCUCAGGCUGUCAGGCUGUCUGAUCACAGAGGAAGGUUGUGCUUCUCUGGUCUCAGCUCUGAGCUCCAACCCCUCCCACCUGAGAGAGCUGGACCUGAGCUACAAUCAUCCAGGAGACUCAGCAACAAAGCUGUCUGCUGGACUGGAGGAUCCACACUGGAGACUGGACACUCUCAGGGUGGAGCCUGCUGGAGUCCGAUGGUUGAGACCAGGUCUGAGGAAGUAUUCCUGUGAACUCACAGUCGACACAAACACAGUGAACAGAAAGAUCAAACUGUCUGACAACAACAGGAAGGUGAUUCAUGUGGAGGAGUAUCAGUCAUAUCCUGAUCAUCCAGACAGAUUUGACUGGUCUCAGCUGCUGUGUAGAAAUGGUCUGACUGGUCGCUGUUACUGGGAGGUCGAGUGGAGAGGAUGGGUUUAUAUAUCAGUGAGUUACAGAGGAAUCAGGAGGAGAGGAAACAGUAGAGACUGUGUGUUUGGAGGGAAUGAUCAGUCCUGGAGUCUGCAGUGCUCUGAUGGUCGUUACUCUGUCUGUCACAAUAAGAGAAGAACAUCCAUCUCCUCCUCCUCCUCCUCCUCCUCCUCCUCCUCCUCCUCUCGUAGAGUAGCAGUGUAUGUGGACUGUCCUGCUGGCACUCUGUCCUUCUACACAGUCUCCUCUGACACACUGAUCCACCUCCACACCUUCAACACCACAUUCACUGAACCUCUUUAUCCUGGGUUCUGUUUCUGGUCUUACAGCUAUGGUUCCUCAGUGUCUCUGUGUCCUCUGUAGGAGGGAGAGAGAAACUUUCUCACUGCUGACUAGAUAGUUCAGUCUGUACAGGAUCACACACAGCUGAUGUUAGUUAGUACCAACCUAAAGUGUUUACUGUAAUAGAAGAGGAAGAGGAGGCUGAAGGAAGAGAAGAGCAAAGGAUGCUGGCAUGAAGGAAUCAUGUGUGAGGGUAAUGUGCAGCCUGCAGACGUAGAGAUGAAAGAAUUGAUCUUCUAUAACUUCUUCUCUGUAUCGUUCUGAUUUUAGUAUAUGUGCUACCGGAGCAACACAGCAGCUCCCUGUCUCUGUGGGGGAUUUAUAGGGGGUCUGUCCGGAGAGAGUCCGGACUCAUGGUACCACUCAGACUCAUUUUAGAGGUUUAAAGCAGCUCUAAACGGCUCUCAGACCGCUGAUAACAACAGGAAUAAGAUGUCUGGCUGUUGAACUGAGUCCUGUACCUACUUUCUUCCUAUUUUCUGCCUUUAUUUUCUCUCCAACUGUCAGCUGCUGUUCCGUAAACUCACCAGCAGGUGUCAGCCUAUGAGCAGUGUAUGGGAGAAGCCAGAUUUUUCCACCAGAUUAUUUUGGCUCCUUCUUCUAAUUGUUUCAGAGUAGAAAGUUCAUUCAAACGUUCAAAGUUCAUUCAGCUUUUUUCAUAUUUUUUAUACUGUGUACACAAUUGCAGUUCAAAACUCAUGAAACUUUCAUCCCCUUGAACAUAAAAACAUACGAACAAUUUGUGCCUGUGUAUCAGAGUUAAAAAUGCACUUUAUUAAUUCUUAUGUAACCCUUUAGAGAUGGGGAACAGAAAUGGAUUACUCUAUAUAAUGAUUAUUUAUGGCCAGUGGGAUCAGAAGUUCUAUGUUCGACUACGGAGCCUAGGAUUAACCAAACAAUACACCAGGAAUGACUCAGACACAGUUGUACUUUCUUUGAGAAACAAAAAACGCUUCCCUUUUUAUACAUGGACUGGAAGGAUAAGCCAAAAACAUAGAAAUGCAAAAAACUCUUUAAAUGACACAAAUCUUACCUGGGUAAGAUAAAAAAUGUAAACAAAACUCACAGCCGUGAU